GGUACUAAGUAUGUCAUGUCCACUAUGCACUAUAACUUCUUCCAACCAAAGAGCUCGCUUCUUCAACAUUUUAUUCGACUGUUGUUACGGAAAGUACACUAUUCCUGCUGAUCAAGUAUCGAUGUUGUGUAGUGUUUGUUGUUGCGGCGUGUGACUGUUUUGAUGAGAGUGUAGCGUACCCUCCAACAAAGACGAGUUGGAUCCAUCGCGAGUCCAGCUCCAGGACGACGGGUUGCAAGUCUACAAAACCCUGACCCAAACUCCCACUUACGAGUCAUCUGAUUGGAGGUAGUUUGCGCGGCGACCGUGUGUCAACCACUGGUCGAUGUUGUUACCAGACUUCCUAGAAAUCCUUCUGACAGGUAACAAGAUCAUUCCUCAGAAAUGGCGAUGGUGGAAAAAAUAGUAUUUGUUACUGUUGGAACAACCAGCUUCGAUCCUCUGAUUGAAGUAGUAUCAUCAAAACAGUUGUGUAAGCAAUUCAAGUCUCUAGGAUACACCAAGGUAUUGUUGCAGAUCGGUAGAGGAACAUUUGAACCAGAGCCUAUCCUUCAACCAGGGUUUACAUUGGAGUAUUAUCGCUACAAGGACACCAUUGCAGAUGACAUUCAGAAUGCUUCUCUUAUUAUUAGUCAUGCCGGAGCUGGUAAUGUUUUAGAAUCACUAGGUGCCGGGAAACGGUUACUUGUUGUCAUCAAUGAGUUACUGAUGGGUAAUCAUCAGUUUGAGUUAGCGUAUCAACUUUAUCAAGAUGGACACCUUCUCUAUGCAACAUGCAGUAACCUUGCUGAAGUUGUGAGAGAGAUUGAUGCUACUACACUCAAGCCAUUUCCUCCUGGUGAUACAGCUAAGUUCUCCUCAUUCCUUGAUAAAGCUAUGGGACUAUCAUGACACUAUAUUAAGACUAUUGGGAAAACACGACUAUUGUUACAUCACAGUUGUGACAUUGUGGCUACUCUACUGUGACACUGGCUGUAGUGACGUAGCUAUUGUGAUCACACAGCUGCAAUAACAUCACAGCUACAUGGACAUCACAGCUAUAACUCUCAUGUUGACAGUGUGGUGAUUGUUACUGUUCAUCUGUUGUGAAAUCAUGGCUACCGGACAUCAUGGCUUUUGUGACUUUGUGGCUACUGUGACAUCAUGGCUAUUGUGACAUUCAGUGGUGACAUUGUGGCUAAUGUGAUAUUGUGACUUUGGUUACAUCGUGGCCAUUGUGACUUUGUGGCUAAUGUUAUAAUGUGGCUAUGUGACAUCGUGGCUAUUGUGACUUUGUGGCUACUGGGACAUCAUGGCUAUUGUGACAUUCAGUGGUGACAUUGUGGCUAAUGUGAUAUUGUGACUUUGGUUACAUCGUGGCCAUUGUGACUUUGUGGCUAAUGUUAUAAUGUGGCUAUGUGACAUCGUGGCUAUUGUGACUUUGUGGCUACUGGGACAUUGUGGCCAUUGUGACAUCGUGGCUAAUGUGACUUUGUGGCUACUGGGACAUUGUGGCCAUUGUGACAUCGUGGCUAAUGUGACUUUGUGGCUACUGGGACAUUGUGGCUAUUGUGACAUCGUGGCUAAUGUGACUUUGUGGCUACUGGGACAUUGUGGCCAUUGUAACAUCAUGGCCAAUGUGACUUUGUGGCUACUGGGACAUCGUGGCUAUUGUGACAUCGUGGCUAAUGUGACUUUGUGGCUACUGUGACAUUGUGGCCAUUGUAACAUCAUGGCCAAUGUGACUUUGUGGCUACUGUGACAUCGUGGCUAUUGUGACAUCGUGGCUCAUGUGACUUUGUGGCUACUGGGACAUUGUGGCCAUUGUGACAUCAUGGCCAAUGUGACUUUGUGGCUACUGUGACAUCGUGGCUAUUGUGACAUGUCUAAUGUGACAUUCACUAGUGACAUUGUGGCUAAUGUGAUAUUGUGGCUGUUGUUACAUCAUGGCUGUUGUGACUUUGUGGCUACCGUGAUAUUGUGGCCGAGUACAUGAUUCACGGUCAGUUUAAUAAAGUGUCACAUAGAAUAUGGUGUAAUUUGAAGAUAGCAAAUUAAUAUCAAUAUCAAUUUUCCUAGAAAAACUUUUGGAAAGAAUAUUAAUAAUAGUUUAAUUCCAUUGUGUGUGUAAUAGAUUACGACAGUGGCUCCUGAUUUGUUCGUAUGAGCUCUUGAAUUUGUUGUGAUUUAUGGUUCUCUAAAUUUGUGUCUUUGUAAAUAAGAUAAGUCGAAACUAUAUAUUUA